CAAUAGUCGGGUUGCGGUGAGACAUGAUUAUCCUCGUUACGGAGUACCCCUGAACGAGUGAGUUGGACCCUGAGAUUCGGAUAUUACCGACUUUCGGAGGCCUGCUGCUCACUACGCUGUACUACACGGCUGUCUCACCCAUCUGACACAUCGACAACUGUCUUCAGCUUGACAGCCUCUGAAGAAUGUGUCAACUCGACAGAACGUUCACAUUCCUGUCUGCAUUGACAGCUCGCAUUCCUGGACAGUACCUCGUAACAUGUCCGGGAAUUGAAGGGUCAAAUCCGACCGGUCGCAUUCCCGCUCGACCACACCAUCACCAUCAACCACCAGUAUUUCCCUCCGUAGAAAUAAUUCAUCGCGACCAGCAUGACCGGAUCCAACCUCAAUUAAAUAACUCCCAUCAAGCCAUUAACUUACCAUCUUAUCUCUUUUUUUUUCUUUUCACCAACCCAGCCCAACCCUCCGUAGCACCAAAAGAUCGUACCACCUCACCGACCAGAUCAGAUCAUGAUACAUCAUGCCACCAACCACGCCUACACCCAAUCCCAACCACCACUCUCCAUCCUUCUAACAAUUCUCCCAAAUCCAGCGCAUCCUAUUGGCCCCGUCAUCGCACCAUCGCUCAGAUCUCCCGAAUUCAUCCACCCACACGUGAUGUUACCCCGGAUAUGACCUACACCGAAGUCAAGAGGAUCUGGUGAGGUGAUUCGGAUGCAGAGAUGCCUGGUUGAAGGCUGAGCUGGUGACGGUGAUGAUGGCGAAGGUGGUGCGAUAUGUUCUUUGUUCGUGGCCAUACGGCAGUUGGGAUUCCGAGGGAGUGAAUCUAUAUUGUUGGUGAUAUG